AUGUCUACGCCAACUGUCAGAUAUAAGUACAUCGAAGAAGUCGAGAUACUUGAAGAUUAUCGGCCUGGAGGCUACCAUCCUGUUCAGAUUAACGAUACUCUGCAUCAUGAUCGUUACCAGAUAGUGCACAAACUUGGGCAUGGUACAUUCUCAACCGCCUGGCUUGCCCUCGACCGAAAUUCAUCCACCUACGUUGCAGUGAAGGUUGGAACUGCAGAUGCGGAUAAAGAUGAAGUCGAUAUUGUCUCGAGGCUCGCAAUGACCGGUACAGAUGAAACAAUGAACCCGCGAGUUCUUAACUAUUUCACUGUUAAUGGGCCCAACGGAUCACAUCCAUGUCUUGUCACGACACCUGCACGAUGCAGCCUCAUAGAUACAAAAGAUUCAUCUAACUCAGGCUUAUUUCAACUAGACGUGGUCAGGUCUCUGGCUGUCCAAGUCACAAAAGCUGUGGCUCAUGUUCACUCGCGCGGUUAUGCCCAUGGAGAUCUUCACUUGGGCAACCUAUUGUUACGAUUCCCAGCUUCGCUCAACAACUUGACGAUCGACCAGUUGUAUGCAAAGUUCGGUGCCCCAAAGCUGGAGCCUAUCGCUCGUCUAGACGGGUCUGUAGAACCUUUACCAACCGGCGUGCCUUCUUCUGCUGUUCUGCCUGUUUGGCUUGGUUUACCAAGUGAUGAUAUCUCCCUAUGCGAUGCCAAACUCUUACUGAGUGACUUCGGUGUCGCCUUCCGGCCAGCAGAUAAGACAAAAUGCGAGUCCAAUGCGCUCCUCGUUUUAUUUGCCCAUCGCUCCCUCAUUGAUGGCAUUAUCGCCUCCCAGGACGACAUCACUGCGCAACAAGUUCACUUGCAGGGUAUUCCACCGCCUGAAUGGUGGGACAAGCGCUCAAAAUGGUUUGAUAACAAAGGCCAGGCGCUCAGUAACGAGCAGGAUAUCUGGUCAUGGGACAGACGGUUCAGACAGUGGAUACAAGAGCCGAGGAAAUCGGAGGGUAUGGAAACCAUCAACUCAGAGGAGGCGGCUGCGCUAUUGGACUUACUGAAACGAAUGCUUGCAUGGAAGCCAGAGAAUCGGCCUCAGGCGCAGCAGGUAUUGGAAUCAGGAUGGAUGAAGGAAUGGGCUUUGCCAGCCUACAACAAAACCAAGCGAACUCCAGAAGUCGAAAGAGCAUGAAACUUUGCUUACCUGAGAUAUAUGCUUGUAAUAGAAAAGAACGAUAGCAAAGGAUUAAUAAGCCUAACUGCACAAUUGAGGAUCGG